UAACUGAGCUGGCACACAGUCAGUGACAGAGGCAAGGAGGAAACUGAAUAGCAAACUGAGGCAUCAUCCAGUCCUUCUCGUAUUUUUGGUCUUGUUUUCCCCGGGUUCAUCCGCCUCCUUUUCCGGAGAGUGGCCACUGCUGAUAAGGUUUCAAUCCCCUCUCUGAAGGUUUGGCGCGGACAUCGCUGUGGUUUAUUUGUUGAAGGGGUUGCUGUGGAUACUGACGGUAGGGAGGCUGCACUGGAGCCAGAGGCAAGAGUGAGCAAGCUGCCUGCUGCAGAGAGUGCCGCUACGGAGCAGAUGAGGCUGAACCAGGCUAAGCAAACAUGAGAUUCACGCCACGCUUUCUGUGAAGGCUACAUACAGCGCAAGAGACUAAGCCCCAUCCGCCUACAUAGCUCCCGCUGCUCCUCCUCGCCUCUCGCCAGUUUCUUCCUGGAUUUUGUGCGGGAGUUGAUGGAAGUGGAGGGUGUAAAGGAUCAGCCCAGCCAGAUGUGUUAGCAUCGCAGGUCAUGUGAUUUCUCAUGAGGGUUGGGUGAAGUGGUGGAGGGUCUGGUAGACCCUGAAGCAUCUGUGACUGCGUGAAUAGCGACGUCUGAAUGAGAAAAAGCAAUGCGGGCAACAGUAAUCCUGGUGCAGGUAAACCCAGGUGAGGCCUUCACUAUUCGACGAGAGGAUGGUCAGUUUCAGUGUAUCACAGGUCCUGCUCAGGUUCCCAUGAUGUCUCCAAAUGGUUCAGUGCCUCCAAUCUAUGUGCCUCCUGGAUACGUUUCACAGAUCAUAGAAGAGAACGGAGUGCGGCGAGUUCUGGUUUUACCUCAGCAACCAGAGUUCCACCCCGGGGGCCACUCCCCUCUACACCACCCUCCACCUCCACCCCAUCCCCACCUGCCAGCCUUCAUCCCACACCCUGCCAUGAUGCCCCCGCCGCCCCACCUGUACACGGGCAUGGCUGGGGGCGUGGGCGACAUGAGCUCUCAGUACAUCUCCCAGUACCAUCCAGCUCAUAUCUACUCAGAGCAGGAUUCUCACUCCCAACACGGACGCCCCCCGUUUCUUCACCGAGACGACAGAACUAGCAAAACGUAUGAGCGUCUGCAGAAGAAACUGAAGGAGCGUCAGGGAGGCGGAGGAGGAGGGCAGGUGAAGGACAGCCCCCCCCCUUCGCCACAGAAGAAUUGCAGCAGCCCCCCAACGGUGGACAUUCACAAUGGCGUCGGAGGGAAAGGGCUGGAGGCGGAGCAGGGACAGCUCAGCCAUGCAGUGGCCGGCCCUGACAAGCAGACAGGCAGGGGGAAAAAUGGAGAGUCAGGAGAGCUGGAUGAGGAAGCUCUGGCCCUGCAAGCACUAUUGAGUACCAUCAGUAAACCAGUGGUGUCAGACAUCCAGGCAAGAGGAGCAGUAGUGAGCUGGAGUGCGCCCACCAGGCCAGAGAGUGAGAACAGCAAUGUGGAGGACGAGUGCAGCCCCCUGGAGCCCUUCAGCUACGAGGUCUCCAUCUCAUUUAGCGGCAAAGAUGGGAAGUACAAGAGCAACUACUGUGGGGAAGAACUAAGUGCUACUUUAGAAGACCUUCGACCAGCAACGGACUAUCAUGUCAGGGUCCAGGCCAUGUGUAACUGUUUACAGGGAAGCCCGUCGGAGGCUGUGAGCUUCACCACUUUAAGCUGUGAGCCGGAUCCUCCCAAUCCUCCCAGGAAGGCCAGCGGGACCAAGAACACACUCGUACUCCAGUGGAAAGCUCCAUGUGACAACGGUUCCAAAAUCCAAAACUACAUUCUUCAGUGGGAUGAGGGGAAGGGCACUGGGAUUUAUGAACAGUGCUACUAUGGACCUCAGAAGCAGUACAGAGUGACCAAGCUUUCACCAGCUUCAAGAUACUCCUUCCGCCUUGCUGCCAAAAAUGACAUGGGUGUAAGCGAGUUCAGUGAAGUGGUGGACCUGUUCACUUCAUGCAGUGUGCCAUUGCCACCCUUCCCUCCAGAGCUGGAGAUGGCGGGGGUGACCUGGCUGUGUCUGAAGUGGCAGAGGCCCACUAGCUCUCCAAAGGAGGAUGACAUCUACUAUAUUUUGGAGAUGGAGGAGGAAGGCUCGGGAUAUGGCUUCCAGCCAAGCUACGACGGGGAUGAGCUCUCCUGCACCGUCAGGAAUCUCCACAGGAGUACAAAGUACAAGUUUAGGGUGGCAGCAUACAACUCAGAGGGGAAGAGUAACCCCAGCCAGGUGGUCGAGUUCAUUACAAACCCAGACAGACCCAGCAGUCCCUGCAGGCCUGUCAUCAGAGGAAGAGUCCUGCCCAACAGCUUCAAGAUGGCCUGGGAGCCCCCAAAAGAUAAUGGUGGAGCAGAAGUCACAAAGUAUGUUGUGGAGCUGUCUGAGGGCUUAAGUGGCUUGUCAUGGGAGCUGGUUUACUCAGGGCCAGCUACGGAGCACGUGUGUGAAGGCUUGAAGCCCGGCUGCUCCUACCAGACUCGAGUUUACUGCAUGAGCGAGGGAGGACAGAGCCCGCUGUCGGAGACCCUGCAGGUCCAGACUCCCGCAGUGCCCCCUGGGCCCUGCCAGCCCCCUCGGCUGGUGGGCAAGCCCAAAGCCAGGGAGGUGCAACUGCGCUGGGGUCCCCCUCAGGUAGACGGAGGCAGCCCAGUGUCCUGCUACAGUGUUGAAGUGAGUGGGCCGCAGUCUGAGGAGAGCAGGGAGGUUUACCAGGGUCCAGAGCUGGACUGCUCUGUGGGAGGCUUAAUGCCUGGCAAAACCUACAGCUUCCGGCUCAAGGCAGCGAACAAGGCUGGGUUUGGACCUCUUUCGGAGCGCUUUGAGGUCACAACCGGUCCCGGGGCCCCUGAGCAGUGCAAGGCUCCUUCCACCACAUGCAAAUCCCCCAGCUGUGUUGUUGUGAGCUGGGAGGCCCCUCCUUGCAACGGAGCCCCAGUGACAGAGUUUCGCCUGGAGUGGGGAGCCGCUGAGGGCAGCAUGCAGGUGUGCUACAAUGGACCAGCGCUCAGCCAUGAAGUGAAGGGGCUGCUGCCGGCAACUAACUACUUCUGCCGGGCACAAGCUGUGAAUGUGGCUGGCGUGGGGCCCUUCAGCGAGGCAGUGUUGUGCCAGACGCCCUGCUCUGUGCCCGCAGCCGUCAGCAACAUCUACACGUUGAAGGAGUCCGAGCUGCAAAGGUACGAGACUCCAGUGGACGCAGAUGAAGACGAGGAAGACGAGGACAACGGUUCCAGGCCGCCGCCAUUCUACUCUCCGUCCACCUGCCUGGGUAUUUGCUGGGACCCCCCAUGUGAUCAUGGUUCUGAGAUAACUUCCUACCUGAUCGACCUUGGAGAGCGCCAGCCCAUUGUUGUUGGUCCCGUCACCAAACACAUCAUCCAGCACCUGCAGCCCGACACCAGCUACAGGAUCCGAAUCCAAGCCCUGAACAGCCUGGGAGCAGGCCCCUUUAGUCACACCUUUAAGCUGAAGACAAAGCCCCUGCCCCCGCAGCCACCCCGUCUGGAGUGUACCGCCUUCAGCCACCAGACCCUCAGGCUCAAGUGGGGCGACGGCCCAGCCAAAGCCGCCACCUCAGACGCCCUCCAGUAUCAGCUGCAGAUGGGGGACAAGAGUGGCAGAUUUAUGUCCUUGUAUAAAGGACCAUGCCACACACACAAAGUCCAGAGGCUUAAUGAGUCUACCUCUUAUACGUUCCGCAUCCAGGCCUUUAAUGAGGCGGGCGAAGGGCCCUUCUCCAAUGUUUACACAUUCAACACCCCACGCUCUCCUCCAGCCCCUGUAAAAG